CUCAAACCCACAUCACCGAUCGACUGGCCUGGCCGCCUCCACUGCCGCUUGCCCCACGCUCCCUCACUUCUUUUCCUAUUUUGCCAACCGCAUUACCAUUACCUCCAACACUCUUCACACCGUCACCUCUACCUCACAGCCUAUUGCCGCCCUUCCAUCUGGCUAGCACCCAUUAACGUGCCCUCGCAACUUCACUUGCCAGCAUGUCGUCGUCAUCGGCUCCGCCUAUGCGAGAUGUGCAUAACCACUUGCUCUUCGAGUGCGCUUGGGAGGUAGCCAACAAGGUCGGAGGUAUCUACACCGUCAUCAAGACCAAGGCCCCUGUGACAGCCGCCGAGUAUGGCGAUCGCCUCACCCUCAUUGGUCCCCUCAACUACAAGACGGCUCCUAUGGAGGUCGACCCCGUCGAGCCAGACAACGAGCCUCUCCGCCUUACCCUCGAGUCCAUGGCUUCACGCGGCGUCAAGUUCCUCUACGGUCGCUGGCUCAUUGACCGUGCCCCUCGAGUCCUACUCUUCGACACCGGCAGCAUGUACUCGAAGCUCGACGAGUGGAAGGGCGACCUCUGGAACUCGGCCGGUAUUCCGACGCCUCAAAAUGACCACGAGACAAAUGAGACGCUCGUCUUUGGCUACUUGGUUGCUUGGUUCCUGGGAGAAUUCGCAGUCAGAGAGAGGCAGAAGGCCAUCGUGGCGCAUUUCCACGAGUGGCAGGCUGGCCUGGCUAUCCCGCUUUGCAGGCAGAGGCGAAUCGAUGUCACGACCAUCUUUACUACGCACGCUACGCUCUUGGGAAGGUACCUGUGCGCGGGAAGCGUCGAUUUCUACAACAACUUGCAGUACUUUGACGUGGACCACGAGGCGGGCAAGAGGGGCAUCUAUCAUCGUUACUGCAUCGAGCGAGCAGCGGCUCACUGCGCAGACGUCUUCACGACCGUCUCUCACAUCACAGCCUACGAGAGCGAGCACUUAUUGAAGCGUAAGCCGGACGGUGUGCUCCCGAAUGGCCUCAACGUCGUCAAGUUCUCGGCCAUGCACGAGUUCCAGAAUCUCCACGCCCAGGCAAAGAACAAGAUCGCCGAGUUCAUCAAGGGCCACUUCUACGGCCACUACGACUUUGACCUUGACAACACGCUCUACUUCUUCACUGCUGGCCGAUACGAGUACCGCAACAAGGGAGUCGACAUGUUCAUCGAGGCGCUGGCCCGCCUCAACUACCGCCUCCAAAAGGCUGGCAGCAAGACGACGGUCGUCGCCUUCAUCAUCAUGCCCGCAGCCACCAACUCGUACACCAUCGAAGCGCUCAAGGGCCAGGCGGUGACAAAGCAGCUCCGCGACACCGUCGAGCAGAUCCAGGCACGCAUCGGCGAGCGCCUCUUCGAGAGGACAGCAAGGUACCAAGGCGAAGCUCAUGGCGCCGAUCUCGUGGACCCCGCUACGCUGCUUUCCGAGUCGGACAAGAUCCUGCUCAAGCGCCGCAUCUUUGCCCUCAAGCGCAACUCGCUCCCUCCCGUCGUCACACACAACAUGGCAGACGACGCCAACGACCCCAUCUUGAACCAGAUCCGACGCGUUCAGCUCUUCAAUCGCCCGCAGGACCGAGUCAAGGUCAUCUUCCACCCUGAAUUCCUCAACGCCAACAACCCAAUCCUGGGUCUUGACUACGAAGAGUUCGUGCGAGGCUGUCACCUGGGCGUCUUCCCAUCCUACUACGAGCCCUGGGGUUACACGCCAGCCGAGUGCACAGUCAUGGGCGUACCGAGUAUCACGACAAACCUGUCUGGGUUCGGCUGCUUCAUGGAGGAUCUUCUCGAGACGCCAGAGCAGUACGGUAUCGGGAUCGUGGACCGUCGUACAUGCUCAGUAGAGGAGUCCGUUGAGGGACUCGCGUCCUCGAUGGAGAAGAUGGCGCUCAUGAACAGGCGACAGCGUAUCGCGCUGCGCAACCGUACAGAGAGGCUGAGCGAUCUUCUCGACUGGAAGAAGCUAGGCCUCGAAUACGCCAAGGCUCGUCAACUCGCGCUUCGUCGCGCCUACCCGGACUCCUUUGCGCAGGAAGACGACGAGGAUGGCGGGCUUGGCUACUUCGACGAGUCCAACAGCAAGGUACCACCUCCCGCGUCUAUCCCGGGCAGCCCUCGAGUCCGCACGCCGGGCGACCUGGCUACCCUCACGGAGGACAUGCAAGGGCUGGGCACGAGUGACUACCGUGGCUCUGCGGCCUUUUGGCAAGCGAUUGGCAAGAACGACGAUGAGGACGAGGAGAUCUUCAAGUUCCCCCUCGUCAUGAAGCAACGUCAUCGCGGUAGCUCGGUCGGGUCUGCUUCUGGAGUCUCGACGCCGGGCUUGUUGGGCGGCAAGACUUUGAGUGCUACGGAUUUGGAUAGGGCGGACGAGGCUUUGAGCCAGCAUCAGAGCGGGGUGAACGGGAACGGUAGGAACGGGCAUUGAGGUAGAAAUGGGCGGCUAGCGUAUGCAUGGGCGCGGGCGUGGUUCCGCGUGAAGAUCGGUCGAAAGGUAAGGCGACGACGGCUAUAGGCGCAGCGAGGCGACUUUGUGCCCAUGCCCCUCCUUCUUCUUCUGCUCUGCUCUGCUCUAUUCACUGCUGCGGCCGGU